GUUAUCCACUCCAGGGAUUUAAUAUUAGAUCAUAUGAUUGGAAACCUUUGAGCAGCUGUAACUAUGUCACAGUGGAAAUAUGUAUGAAAGCACUGACUGAAUAAGACGAUGCCCCCACAGACUGUGAGUCUGACUGCGGGACACGUAAAAGGACUGAAAUAGCAUCAAGUGCAGUAAAAGGCUGCAGAGCGAUUGUUAAGACAUUUACGAGAGAAGUGAAACGAAGAAGGGCUGAAAACAUAAACAUUCCUACUUGAACCUAGAGAGGUUUUAAGUGGUCUGGUGCUGGAGCCGGACGUGGUUGUCAAACAGACUUCAACAUGUGUAGAAAUAGUGGGAUUAGAUCAGAGCACGUGCCAACAGCACCUGAAGGGCACGUUCCUCCAUCCUCCAUAAAUCCGCGCCAUGUUUUUCUGCAGGCCACGGAUCACGUCCAGGUUUUCCUCGCAGCCCAGAGUUCUGAGGCCUCCGCCUCCAGCUGGACCGACGCUCAGCAACUUCACGGCGCUUCGCUUUGACUACGUUUGAACUGGAAAACGAAUUUGCAGUUGUUGUUUCUUUUUUUUUUUUGAAGAGUCCACUUCGAAGAACAACCGGUUUGGGAACCUUCUUACUUCUGCUUAGUUCUUCUUUGUUACAGAAACAGAUGUGUCUUCCUGUUCACAUGAGGGUGAAACAUCCCCACUGUUGUGUGUAUGGAAGCGAAUUGGGGAGGUUUUCUUCUAAACUGUAACAGUUGCUGCGACUUUGAGCAUCUGUUUCCUGUAUGUUCUGUGUUUGUGAGUCAUAUUUAUAUUGCUCAUUACUGGGCAAUAUUGUGUUGGGAUGGCAUGUGGACGUCUUGUGACACAGAUGUGUCAAAGUACACAACCUAUAAAAAGGCUGAGAGAACCAUAAUCUGAAGUUUUGUAAAUGAAGUUCUGUUAUGUAAUAUAGUGAAUAUAGUGACCAUUGACAGGAAGGACCAGCGUUUGCUUUUCAAAUAUUUCUCCAUUCAGCUAAAGGUUUCCUGGAAAAACCCACCCCCACACUCAGUGAUCCCCUCCUCAUCAUGUCCGGUGACCCCGACCCCUACAUCUUCUCCACUGACGUUCUACCCAGUGACCCCCGCUUCCUCCCUCCGCUGGCCAAUGGACUUCUGGGGUGGAGGGUGUACAACCCCAUCAUGCACAUGGGUUGCGUGUACAACGGGGAAGGCGGACACUGCCACCGAGCAGACGUGCCCUGCCCUCUGGCUGUGACGGUGGAGACGGAGGCACCCGCUCAGCAUUCCUACAGCCUGGACACCCACACAGGCAUUUUUACGCACACGCUGAGCACAGCCAGUGUAACGGCGUCACAGUCGUUGUACUCACACCGGUACUACUCCAACAUGAUGGUGAUGGAGGUGAUGCUGGUGCGUCAGGUGACGUCAGCGGAGCCCAUCGCUGUGAAGCUGCUCAGUUCGUUCACACCCCAAAGCAAAGACAUUGUUUUCGAGGCUGGCCCUGAUUAUAAGGGAGCAAGGUACAUCCACGGACAGACGACUACAGCAGAGGUCCCAGGGGGCUCCUGUCCCACAGUGCACCUCAUCUGGACCCCCAUACCCCCAACCCUUACUCUGCCUCCAGACCAGAGCCAGGCUCGCUGGGGCUUCAUCCUUGUCGUGGCCAACAGUUUAGACUCUGCUGAGGCCACUUUUGACCAGGCCCUGGAGCUAAUGGCGACUGGUAACCUGCGUCUGUCUCACGAGAAGGCCUGGACCGAGCUGUGGUUGGAGAGCAAGUUGGAGGUGACCGGGUCAGAGAGGCUCUGUAGAGCUCUGAUUGGCUGCAUGUUUUACCUGCUCAGCGCCUUCCCCUCCAUACACGACACCUCCGGCUCCUUCGGUGGAGUCAGUCCAGGCGGGCUCUCUAAUGGUGGGGCUGGUCAGGACUACUGGGGCCAUGUCUUCUGGGACCAGGACGUCUGGAUGUAUCCUGGGAUCGCCCUCUUCUACCCCAGAUUAGCUCGAACUGUGCUGGAGUACAGGGUGAGGACUAGACAGGGUGCAAGAGACAACGCCCAGAAGCAGGGAUACAAGGGACUCAAGUUCCCCUGGGAGAGUGCUGUGUCCGGGAGAGAGGUAUGUCCAGAGGAUGUUUACGGACAACAGGAGAUUCACAUUAACGGAGACAUCACCAUGGCCUUCCAGCAUUAUCUCUACCUCACUGAAGAUCUGUCCGUGUUCAAAGAGGGUCAGGGCAGCGAGGUGAUAUACGGCGUGGCUGAUUACUGGGUUUCUAGAGUAACCUGGAACCCAGAGGACCAGAAAUAUCAUCUCCUAGGCGUCAUGCCUCCUGACGAGUAUUACAGAAACAUCAACGACUCUGUGUACACCAACACAGUGGCCAAAUUCAGUCUGCAGUUUGCUGUGGAGUUGUCUGACCUCCUCCAACAUUCCACACCCAAAGAAUGGAAGGAAGUGGCCCAACAAAUAAUGAUUCCUUUUGACGAGGAGUCCCAGUACCAUCCUGAGUUUGAUGGCUAUAAUAAAGGUCAGCCAGUAAAGCAAGCGGACACAGUAAUGUUGGGCUAUCCGCUGGGGCUGACCAUGUCCCAGGAGGUCCGAAGAAAUGACCUUCAAUUGUACGAGCCUGUAACGGACCCAAAUGGUCCAGCCAUGACAUGGGGUAUGUUUGCGAUCGGCUGGCUGGAACUUGGAGAGGCUGAGAAAGCUCAACUUUUACUCAACAAGUGCUUCAAGAACAUCCAGGGCCCGUUCCAGGUGUGGAGUGAGUCAUCAGAUGGCUCGGGUGCCGUAAACUUCCUCACAGGUAUGGGAGGAUUCCUGCAAGCUGUACUGUUUGGUUACACUGGGUUCAGAGUUCAGAGAGAAUGUCUGGCCUUUUCUCCAUUACUUCCCAAUGACAUUUGUGAGCUUUGCAUUCGUGGUGUCAACUACCUGGGCCAGCAGAUGGACUGGCUGCUGCGGAAAGAAGAAAUUUGUGUCAUACUCCGGAAACACAGAUCCAAAUCUAACAAUACUAAGCUCCAUGAUCUAGAGGUUGUCCUAAAAGCAUCAGGAACCAAAAUCCCUCUGACACCAGGGCAACCAGUAACUUUUCCUCGAGAGCCCGGUUGCGUUCGUAAAGUGGCAUCCACAUUUUUCUGCUGGCCCAUCUGAAACAGAAACCCAUUGUGUCCUGCCUACGUUAAAGUCAUGUGCAUGAAGAUAUUUAUAUCUGAUCUGCUAUUACGUUAUAUAAUUCCACUUGAGUCAACAACUACUUGCUAUUUUAAUAAUGUGUAAGUUUCAAAUGAUUUAAUAAAAAGAAAACACAAAGA